AUGACAGAAGUCGGCUUUCAGGUGAACUUUGCAGUCCGAAAGUCGGACAAACAAGAGGUCGUGGUGAAAGUGCGCUUCAAGCCCAGCUGCUUCAGGAGCAGACAGGACGAGAAGAAGUGGCGGCAGAACACCGAGUUCUUGCUAAACUUGCCAGAGAACCUCGGCGUAGCAAAGAUUUACGAGGUCAUGGAGGACCCCACGGCCUUUUACAUAGUCAUGGAGAAGGUGAGGGCCUCAGUCGGAUCUCUGCAGAUGUGUCCCACAGACAGCUUCUUUGCCGAGCGUGCCAGAGCCGCAGAGCAGCAGAUCUGCCAGAGGGAGUGGCAGAGGCAGCUGGAGCAUAGCUCUGUCGCCAGGCCUGCGGCUCGGACUGAGCGCAUGCAGGAGAAGAAGUCCUACCUUCAACUUGCAGCAGCUGGCUGCUUACACCUUCUGGCUGGCCCUGCCAACCAGAGCACAGCACUGGGCGUGACUUGCUGGGUGACACAACACUUGGCGGCCAUUUUCCUGAUCGCAGCUGCCCUGGACCGGCUCACAGCAAAGCUCCCUCCCAGUAUUGUGCAGGAUGUCAUUGAAGGUCGACAGGAGAGAAUUUGGGCAAGAGCUGCCUAUGACCUCGCCGGCCAACCUGAGCCUUCAGCGCUGUCAGCCCACCUGCAGAUGAUGUCGAUCUGCAGGGAUGACCGCGGCUCCAAAGCGCAGGCGACACCGAGAACACACUCAGGUUCACUGGGGCUCGUGAUGCUUCCUGAGCGGCACGGCACAUCUGUGCAUUGCUGGUGCUGCCACGAGGAAUUUCAGGAGGGCCGCAUUGUGGCGGUGCUGCCUUGCAGCCAUACCUUCUGUGAGGACUGCAUCGUGAUGUGGUCAAUGUCAGGACACGCGAUGUCAGCCACUUGCCCGCUUUGCCGGGCAAAUUUCGCGAACCACGAGUAG